CUCAGACUUAUCGAUAAAUGGCAAAUGCCCAGUAGCUUUUUGCAGCUGACAAAGUCGUUGAACACGUGCAAUAUACAAUAAUAAAAAUUGAUUGGUAUCAGCAAUUAAGUUCCAGUUUUGCAAGCUAUUUGGAUUUCUCUUGUUUGGGCGAUACCUACUCAAGAUGUCCAGUCCCAAGCCGAAGCCGGAGAAUAAGAAGAGCCAAACGCAGCCGAGCUCUGGCUUUGGCAGCGUCAUGGUUGGUGUCUUAUUUGACGACGGCAUUGUGCUGGCCAUUCACACAAUGGGUAAUCUUAUAUACUAUCUGGAUGAUCAUAUCUACUGUGGCGCCAGUAGCACAGGAUUUGAUCGAGAGUCGCUGAUGGAGGUUUCUACAAAACUGGAGAAUAUAGCGCGCAACAAUAGCAACAAGGGCGUAACAGUGGCCCAAGCGCUGGACCUAAUUGUCAAGCUGUACGAACAGGUGGAGACUGCAGAGCUGCUGCUGGCUGGCGAGGAUCCGAGUGGAUUGCAUUUGAUAGCACUAAAGUGUCCGGGCACCAGUGCGCGUGUCAAUUAUGCGGCUCUGGGACCAGGUUCGGCAGCGUCUUCCGAAUACCUCAAGAGUCAAUGGCGCCCGGAUAUGAAUCUGAGGCAGGCGGAACAGCUGGCACGCGCAGCGCUUUUAAUGGGUAAUAUGAGUAAAGUUGGAGUCGAUGUCUGCAUCAUAUUCAAGCGCUCGCCGGAGUCAGCAACUCGAGUGGAAGGCCAUGAUUCAUCAUAGCAAUCGAAGAAGUUGCAAUAUCAUAUCUAUCGAUUUGACUGAUUUUGCUUUACAAUUCUUAAAUGUUUAUUUUGUAGCAUAAAUAAAUUAAUUGUUGAUGCUCCCCAGCUGGCUCCAAAUAA